AUGGAAACGACAGAAAAAACCGUCGCAGAAGUCGUUGCAAAUCAUCCGGUGAAUCCGACUCUGUCGGAUGAAUUAAUUUAUCGACGACGAAUAUCAAUCAUUCGAGAAUUUGCAUUGAAUACAACAACUCAUGGUGUUGCAGGCAUUGCUCGAAGUCGAAAUAUAAAAAACCGUCUCUUUUGGUCACUGGCAUUCAUGACAUUUGCUGGUGCUAUGUUGUAUUUUAUUAUUCAAGCGAUUCGUACCUAUUUUGAUUAUCCGACACAAACAACAGUGAGUAUUACUAGUGAACGCAUACAAUAUUUUCCAGCAUUGACCAUUUGUAAUGCUGGUGCAGUUCGUGCCGAUGCAAUUUUCAUACCAUAUUCGCAAUAUGCUGGACAUUUCAAUGUUACAACUGCAAGAGAUAAUGUACCAGUAACCAGUCAAAUAGAUUUUAUCAAGUUAUUUUUUCCAAAACUGAUCAAUGAAAAUCGAUCACUAGAUCAAUAUGUGUUUACAUUGAAUUCAAUGUUAAUUGGCUGCGAAUAUGCUGGAAAUUCAUGUUCAGUGAAUGAUUUUAUUGAAUUCGAUUCCUAUGCAUAUGGUCGUUGCUAUACAUUUAAUGCUAAAACAAAAAAUGGCAGUGUACGUCCUAAUCAUGAUAUAAACAUCAAUGGCAAACUGAUAUUGCGUCUGUAUCUUCAUGCUCAUCAAUAUGUACCUAACUUUGUUGAAGGUGUAGCCAUGAUGGCCAUGGUUCAUGACAAUACACAAUUACCUCUUGUUGAAAAAGGAGGCAUCGCCUUAGCACCAGGUUUUCGACAUCGAUUGAUCUAUACAAAAAGAGACAUUCUUUUCUUACCGCCACCUUAUUCAACAUGUACGAAUGACAUUCCUCCUGUCAUGAAAUUUAUGUUUGAAAAAUAUGAAGGAGCCGACUAUGCCUAUUCAGAAGAUCUUUGUCUUAUCCUUUGUGCACAAGCUUAUAUUUAUAAGCGAUGUAAUUGUGUUAAUCCUGCACAAUGGAAUGCUCGUUUAAUAGUUUUACCUGGGACAAACGAAAUUAUUAUGGCACCGUUGUGCAACAUAUCUAACAGUUGUUUUAGACAAGCCAUGAAUGAUUUUGAUUUGACACAUUCAAUUCGUGAUCAAUAUUGUUCCUAUUGUGUACAACAAUGUUCCAUUACAACUUUUACUGUAAAAUCGUCGCUAUCAACUGCACCACCAGAAUGGCUUGUAUCUCAUAUUAGAGCAUUCGUUGAAAAUUCAUCAGUUCCGUUGCCAUUCGAUUGGUCGAGUCGAUGGCUAGAUUAUAUUCGUUCAAGUUAUUUAUCGAUAGAACUAUUAGCUGAAUCAGGUUUGAUUGAAACGUAUACACAAACGGCAACAUUGAACGUUGUCGAUGUUAUUUCGAAUGUUGGUGGACAAACAGGUCUUUGGAUCGGUAUUAGUUUUCUUUCUUUAAUGGAAUUGAUUGAAAUGUUUUAUCGACUCAUCACAUUUCAAAUUCAUGAUUCUCAAUCAGUUGCUAAUCAAAAUAAAAAUCAGAGUAAACCAAAGCAAUAA